UUUUAAAAACAAAGGGCUACACGGUUGCAAGAAUCAAACAAGCGAACAAGCCACGCAGAGAUCCGCCGGAGUCGGUGCUGUCGUCGGUGCGCGGUGAACUGCAUUUCGACUAGCACCAGUGUACUGAAUUUUCUUCUCUUCAAUACAGCUUUCGAUGUGUCCUCGUCUCCAGUCACGCCGCGCCACAUGGCCCCGCGCGCUCUAUUUAUGCCCCAUUCCGCCGAGCCAGAGAGCCAUCCAUCUCCAUUCCCAAUCCCAAAUUCCCAAUCCCAGUCCCAGAAGAGAUAACGAAGAUGAGGAACCAGAAGAGCCGCGUCCAGGAGCGCAAGGUCGAGCACAUCGACCUCAUCCCGGGGAUGCCCGACGACGUCGCCGUCGACUGCCUGGCGCGCGUCCCGCACGCCUCCUUCCGCUCGAUGCGGGGCGUCUGCCGCGGCUGGAACACCGCCGCCGCCGCGCCGGACUUCGCCCUGGCGCGCGCCGAGGCCGGCGCCAACGAGGACCUGGUCUACCUGCUGCAGUUCGGGAACCCGGCGGCCGCCGCGGACGACGCCGCGCCAGGGAACGCCCAGGCGUACGGCGUGUCGGUGUACAACGUCACCACCGGGGAGUGGCGCCGCGAGGGCGCCGCGCCGCCCGUGCCGAUGUUCGCGCAGUGCGCGGCCGUCGGGAGCCGCCUCGCCGUGCUCGGCGGGUGGGACCCCAAGACCUUCGAGCCCGUGGCGGACGUGCACGUGCUCGACGCGUCCACCGGCGUGUGGCGCCGCGGCGCGCCCAUGCGGUCGGCGCGGUCCUUCUUCGCCUGCGCCGAGGCGGGCGGUAAGAUCUACGUCGCCGGGGGCCACGACAAGCUCAAGAACGCGCUCAAGACGGCGGAGGCCUAUGACGCGGGCGCCGACGCCUGGGACCCGCUCCCGGACAUGUCCGAGGAGCGCGACGAGUGCGACGGCAUGGCCACCGUCGCCGGCGACCGGUUCCUGGCCGUCAGCGGGUACCGCACGGGCCGCCAGGGCGGGUUCGAGCGCGACGCCGAGUGGUUCGACCCGGCGGCCCGCGAGUGGCGCCGCCUGGAGCGCGUGCGCGCGCCGCCGUCGGCGGCGCACGUGGUGGUGCGCGGCCGGGUGUGGUGCAUCGAGGGCACGGCCGUGAUGGAGUACCGCGGGGAGCGGCGCAGCUGGCGCGAGGUCGGGCCGUCCCCGCCGGGGCUCAAGGCCGGCACGGCGCGCGCGGUCGCCGUCGGCGGCGGCGAGCGCGUGGUGGUCACCGGCGCAAUCGAGUCCGAGGGAGGAGGCGCCGGGCACGCGCUGUGGGUGUUCGACGUCAAGUCCAAGAACUGGACCGUGGUGCGCCCGCCGCCGCAGUUCGCAGGCUUCGUCUUCUCCAUUGGUUCAGUGCGCGUGUGAUGUCUCGUGGCCCUCGGUUGCCGCGGUGGCCGGCCGUCCAUGGCAUGUAUGGCAGAGACGAGCGGAAGGCAGAUAUGCUAGUAGUCGACGGCGUCGAAGGCGAAGAGAGGUAGUGUAGUUAGCUCAGCUGUGUUCAUCUGCUUCUGUUGCAGAUCUGAAUUCCUGCUCGUUUGGUUGGACUGAUGGAUCAGGAAUGUAGUAAUCUUGUUUUUCGAAUCUAUGGAGGUUGGAUUACAUGA